AGAAACAGUCACGUUAUGUAGCCCAUCAGUUACGUUGCAUCACAGUGGCCACAGGUUCAUUGUUCAACAUUUAUUCUUUUUGCAGCUCAGACGUUUCAAUUUCAAAUGAAAGCUGCAACUUUACUAAUGCACAUACAAAUAAAAGCAACCAGCCCGUCAGCGCCGCGCCGCGCCGCGCAUCUCGCAGGACCCGCGGACAAGUUGUCGGAAGAACCAGUCACUCCAUGGACCCGAACUCCGCCUGAUCCGGGGCGCCGCCAUGAACGACCGGUACCACCGGGCGGCCCGGGACGGGUUCCUGGACGUGCUGAAGGAGGCCACGCGGAAGGAGCUGAACGCGCCGGACGAGGACGGGAUGACGCCGACGCUGUGGGCCGCGUACCACGGAAACCUGGAGGCGCUGCGGCUCAUCGUGGGGAGAGGAGGGGACCCAGACAAGUGUGACAUCUGGGGGAACACGCCACUUCACCUGGCAGCUGCCAACGGCCACCACAGCUGCCUGUCCUACCUGGUGGCCUUCGGUGCCAACGUGUGGUGUUUAGACAACGACUACCACACUCCGCUGGACAUGGCCGCCACCAAGGGCCACAUGGACUGUGUCCGCUACCUGGACUCCAUCGCUGCCAAGCAGAUCAGCCUCGACCCGAAGCUGGUCAGCAAACUCAAGGACCGGGCGUUCCGCCUCACAGAGCGCCGCAUCAAGGACUGCGUGAAGCUCCAAAGGAAGCACCAUGAACGCAUGGAGAGGAGGUUCAUGAAGGAGUCGGCCGCUUUAGACAACCUGGAUGCGAUCAGCUUCUCCAGCUACACCAGCAGCAGCACGCUGGGCCGCAAGUUCAACACGCUCACCUCCAACAUGCCAUACUCACAGGCCACUCUACACUCCACAGCCAAGGGCAAAGCCAAGAUACAGAGGAAGCUGGAGAAGAAGAAGCAGGUUGACGGAACCUUCAAGAUCUACGAGGACGGCAGGAGAAGCGUGCGCUCGCUGUCCGGCCUGCAGCUGAGCAACGACGUCAUGUUCCUUAAGCAGGGCACCUACGCCGCAGCCAAGGAGCGGUCGCGCCUCAACGUACGCGACAUGUUCCCCACAGACGAGGACGCGGACUCGCUGUCCCGCGCCAUGAGCGACCCCGGCCUCCACGAGGCCGCGUGUUCAGAGAUCAGCGCCGACUCGGGCCGCGACUCCCUGUUCACACGGCCCGGGCUCGGCACCAUGGUGUUCAGGAGGAACUAUGCGGGCGGGGGCAUGUUUGGGCUGGGAGCACGGGAUGAAGCCAGUGUCGCGGGCAGCGACCCUGUGGGACGCGCGCCCAACGUGCGGCUCCGUGGACGACUGCCCUCGCGGUCACCCAGCUUCGAUGAAGACAGUAUCGGCAGCGCGUUGAGUCUGCAGGAAAGGAACCUGCAGGAGCUGCCCUGGGAGGAGGAGGAGGUUGGUUUGGACGAGGACCUGGAGCCAGAGUCCAGUCCUCUGGAGACCUUCCUGGCCUCUCAAGGCCUCGGGGAGUUCAUUUCCAUCUUCAGGAAGGAGAAGAUCGACCUGGAGGCGCUGCUGCUUUGUUCAGAUCAGGAUCUCGGCAGCAUUCACGUGCCUUUAGGCCCCAGGAAGAAGCUGCUGGAAGCCUGCAAAAGGCGCGUGGAUGCUCUGGAUGAGCCAGAGGCCAUGGAGGACACAGAACUCUGAAGCUCAGUAGAGCAGUCCUGACCUUUCUGCGUGGGAGCUAACAGUUACAUGGAGCAGGAUUAUUUUACAGCCAUAACAGAUUCACACAACUCUGCGUCCGUUUCGUGAUGCAUCUUAUUUUUUUCAGAGAACUUUUUCAAAGUGGAAGCUUCGUUUGGACUGUGUGACUGAACAAGGUUCAUCCAGGUCUUCACUGUACAGAAAGUUAAUAUUUGUACCUAAGUUCAUUACGUUUGUAAAAUUCUGCUGUAAUUGAUUCCUCCGGUCAUUUACAGCCGUUUCUUAGCGUAUUGACCUUAUUAAUUUAUUUCAUUAUAUUAGCGGCUACUACUGGUAUAUGCCACUGGGAGGUGAUGAAAAUGUGGCGAGUAGAACCAAUUCAGUAGUGCAUUAAUAUAAUUAGGCAGCUCUUUAAAUCAUUUGCCAUUUAAAUGCGAUCGUGGUUCACAUGAAUAUCAGCUGCUUGUGAUUCUGCUUCUGUCUGAGCAGUCAUGCAGGUGAAACCCUCCACCCUCCAGAGGCUGGUCCUGUUCAUGUAGCGCCACACAGUGGUGCAUGGUGGUACAACACGGAGUCAGUGUUUGGCUCCAUGUCCUCUUUGUUUAACCCAUCUUUGCACAUGCAGUUUAUUUUUGUAAUUCA